CAAUAUAUUUUCUCCCAAACCUACCUCUCUCUCUCUCUCUCUCUCCCUCUCUCCCCCCAAUAAUCAAUACACAGCAUUUUCUCUCUCUAAAAACACCAAAAUCUAUCCAAAAAAUGGAGCAAAAUCUACCAAUCAUAGCCAAGAAAGUAUGGAAUAUAGUACGUGUGAUGUUUUUCAUGUUAAGAAAAGGCAUAUCGAAGGGAAAAUUAUUAGCUGAUCUUAACAUGAUGAUGAAACGUGGCAAAAUUGCCGGCAAGGCAAUCCAAAAUCUCAUGCUCCAUCCAUGGUCCGCCUCCGGCCGCCGCCCCCACAGCCGCAAUCUGUCAUUCCCUAUCUCAGUCACCGAAUAUGAGUUCAGUUGCAGUAACAGCCCGGCUUAUCCUAAUUUUCACAUCCCCUUUAAUCUCAACAAGCUUAAACACGGCAGCCACCACCGCGCGCCACCCACGGCCGACGAUUUUGCGACUGCAAAUACGGUGGUGAAGGCCUUGGAGAUGCUGUAUAGCGAGGCGGCUUCACCGGCAUUGCCAGGGUUCGGGAAGAGCCCUGUCGUAAGGCAACUGAGGAUCACAGACUCUCCAUUUCCAUUAAAGGAUACUGAAGAGGAUAAUCAUGUAGAUGAAGCUGCUGAGAAGUUCAUUAUGAAGUUCUAUAAGGAUUUGAAAAAGCAAGAUGCAAUGACUUAUUUUUGAAUCAUCUUGAAUUAAUCUUGAUGAAGUCAAUCCGAUUAUAAGUUGGUUUUUUUCUGAAAGUGCCAAAGUUUCAUGGAUUUGAGGCCGUGCAGACAUGAUAAAUCCAGGUCCAUUGAUAAGCAUGAUAAUCUGCGAAGGGGUCUAUCCAAUAAUUAUGAAUGUGAAUGUGAAUGUGAAUGUGAAUGUGUAUAUUCAAGAAAUUUUAUGAGAAAAAUACUGUAAUGAAUGUAAUGAAUAUUCCUCUGCUGCAUAAGAUCAUGGAUAAUUUUAAAAGUUUUGUUCA